AUGACUUGGGAUGAAUUUGUAAGGGUUAGAAGGUUUAAUAAUGUGGGUCCAACACAACAACCCCCAUCUCAAGAAGGGGAAAAUUUGGGAAGACCCGACCUUGCCGCUGAGCCCUCAUCCUCUAGAAUGUCACCAGUUCAAGAACCUCCUCCAGUAGAGAAAUCCCCACCAAAAGAAACCUUGGUAGAGUUAGUAAAAGCCUCAAUAGGGAUUCUAUCACAAACCCUGAUGAGAACCAGGGAUGCCGUGCAGAGGGAGAAGGGUAAGGAGAAGCAAAGUGACAUGAAGAAGAAGAAGGAGAAAGGAAAAAAUAUUGAUCUAGUCUCUCCUGUCACAAAGAAAAGGAAAAUUGCUGAAGAAAGUUCCCCCGCAGCCACUGUAGUAGCUACAAAAACACCUAAAGAGAUGGAAAUAGAAAACCCUCUUGGAGCCACUAAAGAAAUGCCUCUAAAAAGAAGCCAUAGGCUCCAAGGGAAGCCUAAGAAUAAAAGGCAAUCAGAGAAGCCAAGUGCCAGUAUUUUUGUUGACUCCCCAAAAUGGGAACCGAGUAGUCCUAGUCAGGAUGUUAUUCUGCCUACCUUAAUUGUGAAGCCGUAG